AGUUUGCAGCUGUGUCCUGAGAAGGCCUCGUUCUCGAUCUCAUAGACGCUUCGAUACAAGGGACUUCUGUUCAUGGCCUUGGUUCAUAUCUUACUUGCUUCUCGUACCUGGCACUGAGGAUAGACUUCACAUGUGCAUAAAAACUCAGCGCUUUUACUGCUCAGAGACGCCAUUUACACCGAACGCUGAAAUACGUGCUUUUGUGUUCGACCUCCUGCUUGCAAGCAAUAGUUAGAGCCAGAUAUCUGCGGAGAGUUGCUCAUGUAAUCUUUUUCUCUUCUAAAUAAAUGUUAACUUUUUUACUUUAUUUUGAUCAACGUGUUGUGAUCCUUAUUCAUAUGAGUAAUGUUAUCGUAGUAUACUUGCCUCGAAAUGGCGAUGUCAAUUGAGUAGCUACUAAGUAUUUAUGAUGUCUGGUAAAGUCUCGGGUGAUUGUGACGUGACUUAUUUGUGAAUUAGCCUGUCAUUUGUGUUUUGUUUUUAGUUUUUUAUUUGAGGAUCAAAAAUGGCGGCGAAGGGACAAGUGUAAAGCGGGGCGGAUUGGAGCUGCGGUCUUCCGGUUGGACUCAAAAUAAAACAAAAGCUCAAAUUCCCUAUCUGAUGUGUUUUAGGUGAAAAUACUCGGGUUCUUUUCGCUUAGAAGUCCAAAUGUUUACGUGAGGAGGUUAAUUUUGUUUCAUCUUGCGCUUCCCACAGGCUUUCCUUUCACACAACAAACGAUGAUGUUUACUCAUUCUGUGUUUAAAAGGAAGUACGUUUAUUUUGAAGGUGACAGCAGCAAAACGCGUAUGUGCAGAACUGAUUGCAUUACUCCAAACUUUUGGAGAAUAUUAAAUAUUUUCAGAAAAGUCCAUUUUUGAAAUUCAAGACCAUUUUCCUGACCGUUUGUUUGAUUAAAUAAACAUACUGAAUAUCAGGAAUCAGGAACAUUUAUUGCCAAAAUAUGUUAGACAUACAAGGAACUGUGAAAUUCAUAUACGAGAGUAUGACAAAGUGUUGAAACCACACAUUUCAUGGCCUUAUAAUAAUGCAGUUUUUAGUGUUUUUUGCAGUUGCUGCAGAGGAUUUUGCAAAGAGAAAAAAGUGAAUCAUAAUAUCUGCAUCUGCAAAACUGUUUGUCCCUCCCUCACUGAGAGCAAAACACUCAACAAGAUCACGACUGUUUGCUGUCCUUCUCCAAAAUGAUGGAACGAGCUCUCUGAUGACACCAGGAUCGCCUUCACACCUCUUCAGACUCUACCUCGACUAAAAGACUAACAAAUUGUAGCACGUAAAUUGUACUUAUAACGCAACUUAUCUAUAGCAAAUUGUAAAUUGGCUUAUUUGAUGAAAUUGCACUUUGUUGUUUCUUGCUCUUCUGAGUUUGUAUCCCUGUGGUUGAAUGCACUUAUUGUAAGUCGCUUUGGAUAAAGCAUCAGCUAAAUGACAUGUAGAAAUAAUGUAUUUUGAUAUGAAUAAAGGAUGUUAAAUUAACCCAGAAAGUUGGAGGAUUAAAUAUGUUUUUUUACAAAUGAAAAUGUAAAAAGAUGUUUAAUAGAUCCAAAGAUACUUUUUUGAAACUUAACUGAAAGGUGAUUAUUUGCUUCUACUAUAUCUUAUCUACACACACACGUAUUGUUUCCCGAUAUAUUUCAUUCUAUUUCAGGGAGAAAAGCAUGUUGCAUGUGACCUAAGAAGCUUCCGGAUCAAAUAUUUUGUAUCUUUAAAUUCAUGAUAGUUUAAAGGUUAUGCAAUGUUUACCUACUGUACUGUUUACUGUACCUGCCCAGUAAGUAAGCGCAUACUAAAUUAAAAUACGUUUGAAAAAUCAGAACAAAUGCGUCAAUUUUACUAAAAAAUAUUAUUUGUUCAGAAAUGGGACUGUUGUAUUACAACUUCAUUUCCCACAAACCCACGCGGCGAAUAUAAAGACCUGACGUCACAUGGAGCCAGCUUCCGGUUAAGGAGAAAUGGAUACAUGACACAGUUGUUUGGAGGAAAAUCUUCUUCUCUACCACCGCAUUCGCACACGAAGCUACCGACGUGGGUUCUGAGAUCGUAACGGCCGACACGGGCCGCGAUGGAGGCGGUUCCCCGCAUGCCGAUGAUCUGGCUGGAUCUGAAGGAGGCUGGAGAGUUCCAGUUCAGCCCGGCCGUCAGGCAGUUCAUCUCGAAGAAUUAUGGAGAGAAUCCAGACAACUAUAAUGAGCAGCUGAAGAAACUGGAGACACUGCGGCAGAGUGCGGUAAAUGUGACCAGAGACUUCGAGGGAUGCAGCACGCUGAGGAAGUACUUCGGCCAGCUGCAUUACGUCCAGAGCCGAGUGCCCAUGGGAACGGGCCAGGAGGCCUCCGUACCCAUCUCAUGGACGGAGAUUUUCUCUGGAAAGACGGUCACCCACGACGACAUCAGCUACGAGCAGGCCUGCAUCCUCUACAAUCUGGGGGCCCUGCACUCCAUGUUGGGAGCCAUGGAUAACAGGGUAUCUGAGGAGGGGAUGAAGGUGUCGUGCACGCACUUCCAGUGCUCGGCCGGGGCGUUCUCCUACCUGAGAGACCAUUUCAGCCACAACUUCAGCGUGGACAUGAGCCACCAAAUCCUCAACCUCAACAUCAACCUCAUGCUGGGACAGGCUCAGGAGUGUCUUCUGGAGAAGUCCAUGUUGGACAACAGGAAGAGUUUUCUGGUCGCUCGCAUUAGUGCUCAGGUGGUGGAUUACUACAAAGAGGCCUGCAGGGCGCUGGAGAACUCUGAGACCGCGUCUAUGCUGGGAAAGAUUCAGAAAGACUGGAAGAAACUGGUCCAGAUGAAGAUCUACUACUUUGCUUCUAUCGCACAUCUUCACAUGGGGAAACAGGCCGAGGAGCAGCAGAAGUACGGCGAGCGUUUGGCGUACCUACAGAGCUCCCUGGACAAACUCACUGAAGCCAUCAAGCUGGCGAAGGGACAGCCCGACAGCGUGCAGGACGCCCUGAGAUUCACCAUGGACGUCAUCGGGGGAAAGUUUAAUUCAGCCAAAAAGGACAAUGACUUCAUCUAUCACGAGACGGUUCCUUCUCUGGAGACUCUGGCCUCGGUCAAAGGCGCCCCGCUGGUGAAAGCGCUGCCGGUGAACCCCACAGACCCCAGUGUUACUGGACCAGACCUGUUUGCCAAGUUGGUGCCGAUGGCCGCCCACGAAGCCUCUUCGCUGUACAGCGAGGAGAAGGCCAAGCUGCUGAGGGACAUAAUGACCAAGAUCGACAGCAAGAAUGAGACGCUGGAGCAGUUCAUGGACUCUCUGGGUCUGGAGCCCGAGUCGGUGGACAAUCUGGACAUGUACAGCCACAUCCCUCCGGUCCUGAUGGAGAAGUGUGCCGCUCUGAGUGUCCGACCCGACACCGUCAAGAGCCUCGUCCAGUCCAUGCAGGGGCUCUCGGGCGUCUUCACCGACGUGGAGUCUUCGCUGAGGGAGAUAAGAGACGUCCUGGAGGAGGACGAGGCAGGCAGGCGAGCCCUGCAGCAGGCGGGCGGCCCCCCUGCCGGCGACGUGCACCCCGCGGCUCAGGCCCAGGCUCUGGCUGAGAUCCGCAGGGACCUGGAGAAGUACAUGGAGGCGCACGAGAAAGCCAGUUUCACCAACACAGAGCUCCACCGGGCCAUGAACCUGCACAUCAGCAACCUGCGUCUGCUCGGGGGGCCUCUGGAAAGCCUGAAAGAGGCCCUGCCCCGGCCCCAGCUCAGCGAAGAUGAAGUGGCAGGCCUGCAGUGUAUGAAGCGGAUCCUGGGGAAAGUUCAGGAAAUGAGGGAACAGAGAAACUCUUUGGAGAAACAACUCCGCGACCUCAUCCAGCAAGAUGACAUCACCUCCACGCUGGUCACCACAGAAAGGGCCGACAUGAAGCGUACAUUUGAGGAGCAGCUGAAGAAGUACGAGCAGGUGAAGGUGUACAUCGAGCAGAACCUGGCGGCUCAGGAGAACAUCCUGAAGGCCCUGACGGAGGCCAACGUCCAGUACGCCUCGGUCCGUAAGGGCCUGAGCCAGACGGAGCAGCAGUGGAACGCCACCGUGCACGGACUGGUGGGCUCCUACGAGGCCUACGAGGACCUGAUGAAGAAGUCCCAAGAGGGGAAGGAGUUCUACGAUGACCUGGAGGCCAAAGCGUCACGGCUGCUGGAGAGAGCCAAGACCCUCUGCGAGACCAGGGCUGAGGACCGGAAGCCCGCCUUGGAAAAAGAGAGCCAGAAGAGGCCGCCAGCCCGACCCACAGCGGCCAAGCCCACCCUGAAGCCCAAGGCUUCGGAUAGCGACUCGGCCUGCUCCAGCCUGGAUGACCCGGAGUUGGCCCAGCUUAGUGCAGCCAUCUUGGCCCUGGGGGGUGACCUACCCGAAGAGCUGCGCAGCCUCCCCCCUGACAUGUCCUCUUUCCCCACCUCCGCGGCUCGUCUUCCGGGUGCUGAAGCCUUCCUCCCCUCGAUGCACAACCCGGGCGGCAGCAGCUCUCUGCCGUGGCCCGGUGCUCCGGCCGCCGGUCUCGCUCGCUUCCCCGCCCACCUGCCCCCCCCGGAGCUCCUGGCGCGGAUCGCUCAGUUUCCUUCUCACGGACCACUGCCACGGGGACCCCUCCCUCAGAUGACGGCGCAGAUGCUUCCGCAACUGCCAAACCAGGCAGCCGCGUCGGGUUAUCGGCCAGGCCACGCUCAAGCCCCCCACCCCGUCCUUGUAGCCCCGACCCCGGUCCGGCCCUCUACCGCCACCGUGGAUAGCAAUCAGGUCCCCCUCCCCAGCUACGCCCCUACACCGCAGCACCACGGUGUCCCCGCGGCUUCAACUGGCUACACUCUACCCCCACAGAUGGGCACCUACCCCCAGUUUAUGCCCCGGCCAGGAAUGCCCGUUCAAGGACCACCCCCCCAACCGCAGCUGCAGAAACAUCCAUACGCUCAGCCCAUGGGGCAUCCGCCGCCUCAGGGGUACCAGCCCGGGCCGGCGGCUAUUCCCGGCCCCCACCCUCAUCUCCAGGCCCAGCAGGGCUACCUUCAUGGAUAUAUGCCCCCCCAGCAUGCCCUUCCUCCCCAUUACCAGCAGGGGUUCCCGGGUCACGUGCAGCCACAUCAACACAACGGCUAUCAGCCGCAGCCUCCGCUCCCACAAGGCUACCAAACUCCACCGGGCUACGUCCCCCAGCAACACCCUCAGAUGAUGCCGGGCUCCAUGCAAAGACCACCUCAGCCUGCGCAUCCACACGCACCCCCAACCUCUCAGCCAGCACCUCCUGUGUCUCAGCCCUACCUGCCCCAUCCCCACCAACAGAUGCCCCAUGGACUCCCUCACCCACAGCAACAAAUACCAAUGCCCCACAGUGCCCAGCAGAUCCCGCCCCACCCGCAGAUGCAGAUACCAGGUGGUCCCAGGGCACAGAUGCCUGCCACGAGUCAGCCCCCAGUCUCGCAGACCUACAUGCCCCCUUCGAGUCAGCCCCUUCACCCCACCCUGCGGCCUCAGAUGCCUCCGGCCUCGCAAGCUCUCAUGGGCCCCGAAUCUCAGGUCUAUCUGCCCAGCGGCGCUAUGCCACAGAUGCCUCCCGGUGCACUACCCCAUCAACAUCACCCCCACCCCGGACAGCCUCCUUUACCAAACAUGCCCCAGCAGCCCAUGCAGAUGCCCGGCCAGCCCCAAACUCAGCCCCCUCAUUCUGGGGGAGUGUGCUACCCUGGAGGGGCUCCAAUGAUGCCUCAACAGCCUCUGGCUGUGCAGCCUGCAGCUCCUCUCCCCAUGACCCACCCGCAGCCCUCCACCAUGUAUCCUUCUGCUCCCGGAGCUCCACAGCAACCCGCCCCCAUGGGCCCACGCGGUGCACACGCACCCCCCACCCACCACAUGAUCCAACCUGCUGUUGUCGGUCCUCCAGCGGCUCAACAACCCACCGCUGUCCGUCCUCCCCCGUCGCCUUCACCCUCGCCAUCUCCCUCUCCAGGACCCACCUCUCUGAGUCUGAACUCCCAGCAGAGAACCACACCAGCCCCCACCCCAGCAGGCGCAGCUCCACCCACUCUUCCCACUCCCUCUGCCGUCUCUCCCUCCACAUCUCUGUUUCAGCGCCAGAACUCCAGCACCGAUGACCUCCUCUCUUCAAGCCCGGAGAGCCAACCAGGAGGCCCCAAGGCCCCCACCAACGUCCUCCAGCCCACCAAAGCCGACCCGCAGGAUGGGGAGCGCCGCAAGAAGAACUCCCAGGGCGUUCUGCUGAUCCAGGGCGACCCGUACCAGGCGCCGGAGCGCGUCACUCGCCUUCACGGCGAACUGGAGCGCUUCAGAGCGCAGGUGGAUUCUCUGGAGCACCCCACGGAGAAGGAGGGCGGCCUCUCGGUGCUGGACGCCCGCUGGAAAGAGCUGCAGGACCAGCAGGAGAAGGACGCGCGGCAGCUGUCCAUCGCCAUCGCCCGCUGCUACACCAUGAAGAACCGUCACCAGGACGUCAUGCCGUACGACCUCAACCGCGUGGUGCUGCAAUCGGGCAAAGACGACUACAUCAACUCCAGCUACGUGGAAGACUUGUCGCCGUACUGCCCGCGCCUUAUCGCCACGCAGGCGCCGCUCUCCGGCACGGCGGCCGACUUCUGGCUGAUGGUGUUUGAGCAGAAGGUGUCACUGAUAGUCAUGCUGGUCUCAGAGCAGGAGCUGGAAAAGGGAAAGGUCGUGCGCUACUUCCCGACGGAGCGCGGCCAGCAGGUCGCCCAGGGGCCGAUCACGCUCAGCCUCACCACGCAGAAGACGACGCCGACGCACGUGGAGCGCAUGAUCAGCCUGCAGUACCGCGACCAGAGCCUGAAGCGCACCGUCGUCCACCUGCAGUUCACCGCGUGGCCGGAGCUGGCUCUUCCUGACAGCAAGAGCAACCUGCUACGAUUCAUUCAGGAGGUUCACGGACACUACCUCCACCAGCGGCCCUUACACACACCUGUCGUGGUGCACUGCAGCUCUGGCGUGGGACGCACCGGCGUCUUCUGCCUGCUGUACGCCGCGCUGCAGGAGCUGGAGGCGGGAAACGGGAUCCCGGACCUUCCACUGCUGGUGAAGAAGAUGAGACAACAGAGGAAGAACAUGCUACAGGAGAAGCUCCACCUGAAGUUCUGCUAUGAGGCCGUGUUGAAGCACGCCGAGCAGGUCCUCCAGAGACACGGCAUCACCACGGCAACCUGCAGCAGGAACACCAGCUCUGCAGCCUCAAAGGUCUGGCUGCCUCAGAUCUCCAUUCAGCCUUACUCGAGACAGGAGUCUCAGCAGGACAUUGUCCUCGGUGGGGACAUGCCCAUCAGCUCCAUUCAAGCCACCAUCGCCAAGCUCAGCAUCCGGCCCCCCAGCGCCACGGACCCCGCCAUGGAGGCCCCCUACGGCCUCGAGGGGCAGGUCGGCGCCAUCCCGCCCGGCCUCGACUCCCUGGCUGACGUCCCGGCGCCCCUGGACCGCUUCCCCCCCACGCUCCCCCGGCCGCCCUCCUCCUUCAGCCCGCCGCUCGUCUCCCCGCCCAACUCUCCGCCGCCGCCCAACGGCCUCGACGCCGCCUCCCCCUCCACGCCCGGCUCCAGCCCGCCUCCCGCCUCCUCCGCCCCGGCGCCCUCGUCCCUGGAGCUGCUGGCCGCGCUGACGCCCGAGGCCUUCUCCAUGGAGGGAGGGGGCAAGGGCCGGCAGCGGGUGACCAAGCAGAGCUUCUUGGCGCCGACGGAGGGUCAGGGUCUCCACGGGACUCGAGGGGAGGAAGGCGGCGAGGACCCGCUCAGCAGCCUCGACCCGCUCUGGAGCCUCGGCAAGCGCUGAAGCCGUAAACACGCAUCUCUCACUUUACCCCCAUGCGUCAGAAGGCUUUCCAAUCCAAAACGCUGAGGCACGACAUAGUGAGACAUUUUAGCGGUGUUGAUUACCAAGACGUGCCUGGUGGCAGACGGUAGGGGUUCAGAUUAGGGGAGGGGGGGGGGGGGGGGGUUGUGAUUCCUGAGACACUGACGCACUUGCUUCUCCUUUCGUCACAUGUGGCUUCUGGGACCAGAUCGCUAUGCACUCGUCUGUUUUCCUUCAUUCCUUCUGUCGCUCUUUGCUGCUUUUCUUUGUAUUCUGGAUGUUCUGCACUCCCAGCGCUACACCGGGGGCCCAAAAAGUAAAAUCCCAGCAUGCACUCCACUUGGCCCCCCUUUUUCCACAGUAUGUGACGGUGUUCGGCCUCUCCUUUUGUGCGAUCGUUUUGUCGACUGGAGUAGCGGCUGCGUGGAGUGCAGGCAGGCCAGAGGAGCUGGGUGGAGCUGGGUUUUUUUUUUUAAGGACCCAAAACGCCUGUAGGCCUCAGUCGUCAUGGUAACACAAAGCAGCAUACAAAUCAGCACGUCCUAACCAAGUUGAUUACUUUUCUUCAUCUGUAACACUGUAAAUAUCUUAGAUAAAGUUGGACUCUUCCAAAAGUUCCUCUUUCACUAAUCGUUCAUUAUUGUAAAAAAAAAAGGUUAAAUAAAGUAGACAACACAACUGUUCACUCAUGUACUUCUACAAAGCAUUGUUUUUUAUCUGUGUUACAAACUAUUAAAUAAGUUAACGCCA